AUGUCUUCAACUCAAGAAGAUGAAAAUGAAUUACCAAGCCUUGAAGCUGCUAAAGAAAAAUUUCACGAACAUGAGAAAUAUAUGCAAUCAUUAACACAAAGUCAAGAAAGUGUUGGGCGUGUUCUACAUCGUGGUCAUCAUUUAAGUAAAAAAUUAGAAGAUCCAGAACAAUCUGCAGCAAUUAUUAACCAAUUAAAAUCUGUCCAAUCUCGAUGGGAAUUAAUUAGAAUUGGUGCUAUGGAAAGGCAAACAGCUCUUCAACAACAAAUUGAAAAAAUACAAAGAGCACAUUUAGACGAACUUAUUGAAUGGUUAGAAGGAAUUGAAAGAAGAUCAAGACAACAAUUAUGCCCACUUGCCGAAAAUAUUGAUGUUUGUUUAAAACAACGUGUUGAGGCUGGGGCUUUAAAACGUCAAAUGGAUGAAAAACAGCCAGUAUUUGCACAACUUUCUUCGUUUGUUGAAGUUGUCGAUCAGAGUUCUCAACAAAAACAAAAAGAAGUUGAGGAACAAAAAAGUAAUUUACAAAAUUUGGAAAUUUUGGUUAAACAGGUUGAUAAACGUUGGAAUAAACUUUUAGAAUUAAUAUCUUUACAUACAAAAUUACUUGAAGGACUUGGAGAUUUAUUAGAAAAAUAUGAACAAUUAAAUAAUGAAAUAUUUGAAUGGCUAAAUGAAAAACUAAAUAAAUUAAAUAAAUUAAAAACCCCAAAUGAAUUAAAUACAGAAGAGGAAGUACAAAAUUAUUUAGGAAUUCUUCGAUCAAUGGAAAAAAGUUUAGAAAAUCAAAAAGAACUUUUUGAAAAAUUUUCAACAAUUUCUAGAGAAUUAAUUAAUAGAUUUGAAAAAGGAAAGAAUUUGGGGGCUUCUCAAAAUAUUAGUGAUAAAUUAAAUGAAUUAAAUAAUAAACGUGAUGGAAUUUUAAAUAAAUUAGAGGAAAAUUCAGAAAUGCUAAUCCAGUCAGGGAAAGUAAAAUUACAAACAAGUGAACUUCCAAUUCCGUCAAUAGACGAUGAAGAACAGCCAAGAAGGAAAAUAACAUUAGAAACAAUAUAUUCUGUGGAUGAAAGUCGUCGAGGUUCAGAAUCCCCUCAAUCAGCUGCGAAGAAAAGAAAAUUACUUCAAUUACCGCCGGCAGAACAUUUAACUAUUGAGGAAACGGAAGAAGGGCCUGUGAAAAAGGAAUUUAGAUUUGAAGAAGAAGAAAUUAAAGAAUUAAAAGAAGAACAAUCUUCUCCUCCUAAACAAACUGAAGAAGAGAAAACUUCAACAUUAUUAAAUCAAUUUAUACAAAAAGUUUCUUCUUUAAAUCAAAAACUUCAACCGUUAAUUGAAUGGACUAAAUCAGAAUUUGUACAACAACAAAUGUCCAGUCAACAAGAAAAAGAGAGUUUAACAAUUAAAAAACCUCAAAAUAUAAAACAAGCAGUACUUAAUUGCCAAAAACGAUUAAAUGAAGUACGAGAAAUGGAACCUGCUGUGACUAAAUUACAAAUACAACUUGAAUUUUUGCACAAUCGCGUCAAAUUGAGUUCGAAACAAUUGCAUGCAGUAAAUGAAAUUUUUGACGAUUUUAUGUCACGAUGGUCUUGUGUUGUUGGGACUAUAAGUAAAGUUUUAAGUAAUUUAUCUCGGCCAGAACCUUUAAUAAAAAGUCCAAGUAAAACACCAGAAAGGCAACAAAAACACUCAACAAAUCAAAAUAAAAUAUUUUUGAUGAUUGAACAAUUAGAUCAAUGGUUAAUUGCUUCCUCUAAAUAUUUGGAUGAAUUACCCCCACAAAUGCCAGCAAACGAUAAAUUUGAUAAAAUUGCUAAAAUUGCAAAACAAUUGGGUGAACAACAAGCACAUUUAAGUCAUUUGAAGAGAUUGGCAAAGCUCUCCCCUGAAGAAAUCAAAGCAUUAUUAGAAUUAGAAAAAAGAAUGAUUUCUUUAUUAAAUCGAAUUGAUAAAUUAACUGAUGCUACUGAAGAAGAGGAACAAUCAACUAAAUUAAAGAUUGAAGAGAAAAUACGCCCUCAAAUAGGUUCAAGACUUUCACCACGUACAACAACUGUUCAGUUAAAACAAGAAGAUAAUUUAGAAGAAAUACCUUCAACAAGUACUCAACAACAACAACAAUCAACUUCCCCUCCUUUACCAAUGGACGAAGCUGAAACUUUAAGGUACUAA